AUGGCGUCGCGUCCGAAGCAGAUCGAAGCGGCCCAAAAAAUCCUACGUGGAGUUGUGGCCUUGUCAAGUUUCUCUGAGAUACGGGAGAAACAAUGGCGCGGAGUCUCCAAGUCAUUGGAGAAGGUGGCCGUGCUGACACCUGCUCAAGCGGCAGAGUGGCUCGCAGCUUUUGAUGGUGAGCUGUGGACAGCAGCCCAAGUGGCGGAGUAUCAAGCGUCGAUAGCUGAGAAGACAAAGGCUUUGGAGGAGCAGCCCAUGCGUGGCACUGGUCAGGAUUUCUUGAUGCUACCAUACUACUUGACUGAGGAGCUGGCUACCAUGGUUCUUGCGGGGGAAGACUUGGACCGGGAUGCGUUGCUACAGAAGUUGUGUUAUCAUGCGUCCAAGUUGACGCUCAGGAAUGCAAGUGAAGCUUCGAAGGCUAUGUUGCUAGUUUUGGCCAAUUGGCGAGCUGUGUGCAAGAUGUCACCACAGGAUCAGUACCAGUUCUACGUGAACAAAAAACCUUUGGUGACUAAGUAUUUGUCGUCUGCACUUGCUGGUGGCCAAGCGCUGCCUGGUUUGCCAAUGUCUUGGCAAGAGUUGCCAAAAGAUUUGCUCAGCGCAAAUUUCCCCAUGGGGAAGCCAGCUGUCUUGGCUGCAUCCAUCGCGUCUGAGAGCUUUCAGACGGCAUUCAGUUCCUGCCAGGCUAUCCACAUCGGAAUAGUUGUACUGUGUACACCGUGUACGCCUGCCUUGUCUUGGCACUAG